UUGGGUUGCAGUUACAGAGAGAGAAAGUGAUUGCAGUUAUAGAGAGAGAAACGAGUGAUCGCAAUGGCAACGAUGAUGCAAGAGUGUCCACGAAGCCCAGAAGCGAAGCUAGGGAUGCGAGUGGAGGAUCUAUGGGAUGUGAUGGAGCCACAGUUGAGUCCGAAUGAGAAGCUUAACGCGUGCUUUGAAAGCAUCCCUGUCUCUGCGUUUCCGUUACCUCCUUUGAAUCAAGAGAUUGAAAUCAAAUCAGACGCUACUUUGGCGGAAGCUGUGAAGAUACUGGCGCGUCACAACGUUUUCAGCGCGCCUGUGGUGGAUGUUGAUGCUCCUGAAGAUGCUAGUUGGAUUGAUAGAUACAUCGGGAUAGUUGAGUUUGCUGGAAUUGUUGUCUGGAUUUUGCAUCAGUCUGAACCUUCAUCUCCUAGGAGUCCAUCGACUCCAACCAGUGCAAGCGCGAUUGCAGCUAAAGCCAAUGGAAUUACUUUUGCUCUAGAACUUGAAGCCUUAGGCCUUGGAUCUGCUGCAACAACUGCAGGAAACUUUUUUGAGGAUCUCACUUCUUCUGAGCUUUAUAAGAAUACCAAGGUUCGUGAUAUUUCAGGGACAUUCCGCUGGGCCCCGUUUCUUGCUUUAGAGAGAUCAAAUUCAUUCCUAACCAUGCUCUUGUUGCUUUCCAAGUACAAGAUGAAGAGUGUUCCUGUGGUGGAUUUAGGUGCUGGUAGAAUUGGUAACAUUAUUACACAAUCUGCAGUCAUUCACAUGUUGGCAGAAUGCGUUGGGCUUCAGUGGUUUGAAAGUUGGGGAGCUAAGGAAAUAUCUGAAGUUGGUCUUCCCCUUGUGACACCAGAUCAAAUCAUCAAGGUUUAUGAGGACGAACCAGUCCUUCAAGCAUUUAAACUGAUGAGGAAAAAGAGGAUUGGAGGGGUACCUGUAAUCAGAAGAGGUGGCGCAACUGCAGUUGGUAAUAUAAGCUUGCGAGAUGUUCAAUUUUUGCUAACUGCCCCAGAAAUUUAUCAUGACUAUAGAACUGUUGCAGUAAAAGACUUCCUGACUGCUGUUAGAACCUACUUAGACAAGAACAAAAAUGCAUCCUCAAUGUCAAGUGAAUUUAUUACAUGCAAAAAGGACUGCACAAUCAAAGAGCUGAUUCAAUUGCUUGACCGUGAGAAGAUUCACAGGGUCUAUGUUGUGGAUGAUGAUGGGAAUCUGCAAGGACUAAUCACACUGAGAGAUAUCAUCUCAAGGCUGGUGCAUGAGCCGCAUGGCUAUUUUGGUGAUUUCUUUGAUGGUGUUCUCCCUCUGCCUGCAAACAGCAGGGUUUAACUGGAAAGGCAUCAAGGAAGAUUAACCUGCUCUUGCAGCACCUUUUUGUUUUUUAAUAAAAUAAUUUCUAAUUAGAAAAAAAAGUGCAGGAAGAUCUGUGUGCUUCCUUCUCUUCAGGGUUGAAGAUGUGGAACUAGAUCCUUCUAACGUGUAGGCAGUGUGCAAGUUGUUUGCACCCGUUUAAUCAGUAUUAGAGUGAGACUGUGUUGUAAAUGUAAAUAAAUUAUGGUGUAAUUAGAAAUUUUGUCAACUAUUGGUUUUCUUUA